GACAAGAAUCACGUGGGUGCAUAUCCUCUCUCUCUACUUUCAUAAUUCAUUUAUCUUUUCUCGUCUGAAUUCUGAACUCUGGUUCUUGCCUUUGCUGUUAACUAUCCAUGUACAUAAGAAAGGAACAGGUUUUUCUGACACAAAUACAACUACUAAUUUAUGGUGCUACUGCUUGCGUGUGAUUUGUCAAAGAAACAUUCUGUGUGGUGGCUGUCUUUUUGAGGAUGCUACUUAGGCCCUGCUUUCUUUUCCUAGUUCUUCCACUUAGUUGUUUCAGAUGGCUCGAAUAUGCAGAAUCCAAACUACCCCAGGAAGAGGUUGAUGCUCUUAAAGAAAUCACUAGCACAAUGGGUGCCACCUAUUGGGAGUUUGAUAGUGAUUCUUGCCACAUUAAAAUACUGGGAUUAACACCAGAGCCACCUAAUGGAACUCGAAGCAGCAUUGAUUGUGAUUGCUCUUUUGAAAAUAACACCUGUCAUGUAGUAAGGAUUGUGUUCCAGUUUUACAACCUUCCUGGCAUGCUUCCACCUCAGUUGGUUAAGCUUCCUUACCUCAGAGAAGUUGAUUUUUCUUUGAACUACCUAUAUGGUUCGAUUCCAAAGGAAUGGGGUUCAACGAAACUAACUCUUAUCUCUCUAUUUGUUAAUCAUCUGUCAGGGGAAAUUCCUAAGGAGUUGGGAAAUAUUACCACUCUAACAUACCUAAACCUUGAAGCAAACCAAUUUUCUGGUCUUGUUCCCCCUGAACUUGGAGGUCUAUUUAACCUGCGGACUUUGGUUUUAUCAUCCAAUAAAUUGUCUGGGAACAUACCAGGGACAUUUGCUCAAUUGCAGAAUUUGACAGAUUUUAGGGUAAACGAUAAUAGUUUCAAUGGAAAAAUACCUCAGUUCAUACAGAAUUGGAAAUUACUUCAAAGACUAGAGAUUAUUGCAAGUGGACUGGAGGGACCUAUCCCAUCAAAUAUAUCUCUUUUGAGUAAUUUAUCUCAAUUGAGGAUUAGUGACAUAAAUAGUCCAAGUCAGGAUUUUCCUAUUUUAAGCAACAUGACAGGAAUGAGAGAAUUGAUUUUGAGAAAUUGUAAUAUUACUGGAGAGUUUCCUAGUUACUUCUGGACAAUGAAGAGUUUGGAAACAUUCGAUGUCAGUUUCAAUAAGUUGGUUGGGGAAAUGCCGGUUGCUGCACAUGUGGGGCAUCUGAGAUUUCUCUUUCUAACUAGCAACAUGCUAAGCGGUAAAGUACCAGACUCAAUCUUGAUGGAUGGAAGUAAUGUUGAUCUUUCUUACAACAACUUCACAUGGCAAGGACCUGAGCAACCUGCUUGUGGAAAAUACCUGAAUUUAAACCUAAACUUGUUUCGGAGCUCCUUAGGGACCAAUGCUUUGCAAGGAAUUCUUCCAUGUUUAAAGACCUUCAACAAUUGUCCUAGAUAUUUACAUUGUUUUCAUGUUAAUUGUGGUGGAGAGGAUGUAACAGUGAAGGGAAAUGAUGAAAGUAUUGUUUAUGUUGGAGAUGGAAAUGUGCCAGGUGGUGCUGCUAAAUAUUUUAUUGAUUAUGAAAAUUAUUGGGGGUUUAGCAGCACUGGGGACUUCAUGGAUGAUGGUGAUUACCAAAAUACACGUUACGCUAGGUCUUUGCUGUCUUCAAACAUGCCUGAAUUAUAUAAAACGGCUCGUGUUGCUCCAGUCUCACUUACUUAUUUUCACUAUUGCUUGGAAAAUGGAAAAUAUACUGUAAAUCUCCACUUUGCAGAAAUACAAUUUACAAAUGAUCAUACAUAUAAAAGUCUUGGGAAGCGGUUAUUUGAUAUUUAUCUUCAGGAAAUAUUAAUUAGGAAGGAUUUUAAUAUUGAGGAUGAAACACAUGCUGCUCAAAAACCAUAAGUAACUGACAAUAUUUUGGAGAUUCGAUUCUAUUGGGCUGGCAAGGGGACUACAAGGAUUCCUAAUGGUGGAGUCUAUGGUCCCCUCGUAUCAGCUUUCUCAAUUGUUUCUAAUUCUAAACCUUGUUUAGACCGAAAAAAUGCAAGGCAUAAGAUACUUGUUGGAGUUGGAUUUGGAGUUAGCUCUCUAGGCCUAGUCUUUAUCAUAGUUGGAAUAUUUUGGUGGAAAGGCUACAUCAAAGGAAUAAUUACAAGAAAAAAUGGUACAGAAGGAGGACGAUAUUCUCUGAAGGGGACAUUUACGUUAAAACAAAUUAGAGCUGCCACAGAUGAUUUUAGUCCUGCAAACAAGAUUGGAGAAGGUGGUUUUGGUCCUGUCUACAAGGGUCAAUUAUCUGAUGGUACAUGGGUUGCAGUCAAACAACUCUCGUCAAAGUCCCGACAGGGAAACCGUGAAUUCUUAAAUGAGAUAGGCGUGAUAUCUUGUUUGCAACACCCUAAUCUUGUGAAACUUCAUGGAUGUUGCAUUGAAGGGGAUCAAUUGAUAUUGGUGUAUGAGUACAUGGAAAAUAAUAGCGUGGCCCGUGCUUUAUUCAGCUCAGAAAAUCAGCUUAAACUUGACUGGCCAACAAGGCUUAGAAUCUGUAUUGGGAUAGCAAAAGGUCUUGCAUUUCUUCAUGAAGAAUCAAGACUCAAGAUUGUUCAUCGAGAUAUUAAAGCAACUAAUGUGUUACUGGAUGGGAAUUUAAACCCUAAAAUAUCAGACUUUGGGUUGGCUAGGCUUGAUGAAGAGGAGAAGACCCAUGUCACCACCCGAGUGGCAGGGACAAUAGGAUAUAUGGCACCAGAAUAUGCAUUAUGGGGUCACCUAACUUACAAGGCUGAUAUUUAUAGUUAUGGAGUUGUGGUCUUGGAAAUUGUUAGUGGGAAGAAUAAUAACAGUUACAUGCCAAGCGAUAAUUGUGUUUGCCUUUUAGACAAGGCAUAUCAUCUGCAGCAUACUGAAAAAUUAAUAGAACUGGUGGAUGAAAAGUUGGGAGCAGCGGUAAACCCAAUUGAAGCAAUAAAGUUGAUGAAAGUAGCUCUCAUAUGCACAAAUGCAUCGCCGUCGCUGAGGCCUACAAUGUCUGAGGUUGUAAACAUGCUGGAAGGAAGAAUGAGCAUCCCAGAUACUAUCCCAGAACCAAGUGCUUUUAGUGAGGAUCUGAGGUUUAAAGCCAUGAGGGACAUCCAUCAACAAAGAGAAAAUCAUAGUUUGAGCACAAGCCAAACAGACAAUUCAACAGGACUCCUUACACUUAGCUCUACCUCAGCAUUUGGCAAUGAUAUACAUGAGAUAUGCUCAGAACCAUAAUACAUUAUAACUUAGGGAGACCAACUGUAAUGAUCAUUAUUUUAGCAGAGAUUUCACUCUAUUUUUAUAAUAUAUUGAGAUAUGAUGAUUU